AUGUCCGAAUCGUUGUCGCUGACCGGCAUCGGGCCUCCGUCCGAAACAAAGGAACAAAAGUCGAAGUCAUACUCCGUGAACGUGCCACUGGAAAAUGUGUCGCUCAACGCUAACGGAUCCCCGCCGUAUGAUCCGCACGCGCACAGGAUACUUGAACACCCCACAACAAAUUCAGAGACGCUCAUCCACUUGCUUAAAGGUAGUUUGGGGACCGGAAUUCUGGCCAUGCCCAACGCCUUUUACAACUCGGGUCUGCUCAUCGGCACUGUGGGCACCUUACUCAUUGGAUUUUUGUGCACGUACUGCUUACAUGUUUUGGUGAGGUCUCAGUACAAACUAUGCAAAAAGCUACGAGUGCCCAUCCUCAGCUAUCCGGAUUCAAUGAAAUACGCUUUAAAAGAUGGACCAACCUUUUUAAGAUUCGGAGUUCCUCUUUCUGCGUUAAUCGUCGACGGGUUCCUGAUCGUCUACCAGCUGGGCAUAUGCUGCGUGUACAUUAUGUUCAUCGGAUCCAACAUCAAAGAGGUGCUCGACAUUUACAUCACACCGAUGGACCAGAGAUAUUACAUGAUAAUGAUACUCCUCCCGUUGGUGGCCAUCAAUUUGAUCAGAAAUCUAAAGCUGUUGGCACCCUUCUCGCAGGUGGCUAACAUCGUUACGUUUGCCGGACUCGCUAUCGUCCUGUGGUACGUAUUCACAGAUCUGCCGCCCAUAUCUUCGAGACCAUUAGUUGGCGAACCGAGGAAAUACACACUUUUCGUGGGCACAACCCUGUUCGCUUUGGAAGCAGUUGGAGUGGUGUUGGCGUUGGAGAACAACAUGAAGACUCCUGCGUCCUUCGGUGGCUCCACCGGAGUGCUAAACACCGGCAUGGUUGCCAUCACCAUCAUGUAUGUAGCAAUGGGCUUCUUCGGAUACGUCAAGUACGGCGAGUCGGCAAAAGGCAGCGUGACGCUCAACUUGCCGCAAGGUGACAUCCUCGCGCAAUCGGUUAAGAUCAUCUUCGCGUUCGCCAUAUUCAUCACGUACGCACUACAAGCAUACGUGCCUGUGGAAAUCAUUUGGAACACGUACAUGAAGGAGCGGCUUCAGAACUGGAACAAGACAACCAUGGAGUAUUUGCUUCGGAUAUCCGUUGUAAUCGUCACCUUCUUACUGGCCGUCUUCAUACCGCGACUGGAGCUGUUCAUAUCGCUGUUCGGCGCGCUCUGUCUGUCCGUGCUGGGCAUCGCGUUCCCCGCGAUCAUCGAGAUCUGCGUGCUGUGGCCCGAACGCGAGUUCGGCCGUUUCAACUACGUGCUGUGGAAGGACGUGCUGCUGAUCGUCAUCGGCGUGCUCGCCUUGGUGCUGGGCACGUACAUCAGCGUGGAGGACAUCAUCAGGUCCUUCUAACGCGAGAGAACGCCGCCAAGCCUGCCGUAUACGCGCGGUGUUAUAAUAUAUACUAUCGCGAAACAGCGUGUACACGAUAAUAUAUAUAUAUAUUAAAAUUACCGAAACACAGUGCACAACGUGGCACUAACGAAAAAAACCCUGUCGAUAAUGAUACGAUUGUAAUAAUAUUCGCUGCAGAACAAAAAAGAAAAACAGAUGGAAUCGAAUUGAUUUCAUUUCGUUUACUGUAUCACGAAGAAAUGUAUUAUCACUCGUAUCGCCACGACGGUUUAUCAUUUAAAAUUAUAUUAUUAAUAUUAUUAUUA